CACGCGCAACAGUUUGCAAGGAAGGAGUUGUGCCCGGCCGCGGGAGGUUCUGUGGGAGCAGGCCAUGGGGAGGAUGACACGUGUCCUUCCUCCGGUGGCCAGCUGGCGAGAGAGGAGAGAGAGGAGAGAGAGGUGGUUGGCACCGAGUACGGACGGCGGGGAAGGAAGCCAGCCGCGAGGAAGGGACGGUGACGCUUGGGCUGGGAAUGCCAAGGCAGGAAGAAUCUGAAUUGCAGCAAUCGCCAUAGCCAAGAACUUGCUUGUCUUCAUCAUCAUCAUCAUCGCCAUCGCCAUCGCCAUCGCCAUUGCUGUAGGCGACAGUUAAAAAAAAUGGCUUCGGGGUGGAGGCUAAUGCGCGGGCUUCGUGGAGUCGCGGCCGGGAUUGCGCAGGAACGGUUGUGCGCGCGCUACGGCGGUGGCUUGCCGCCGCUGCCGCCGCCACCCGGCGGGUUGCGCGCAUCGCCCGCUUCGGUUCCGCCUUUGAGCAGAUGGAGACCGUUUUCGGGGGAAGCCGAAAACAGUGGGCAGGAGAAAGAAAAAGAGGAGGGUACUACUCCGACUCUUUGGAAGAGACACAAAAGGCGCACGAGGGCACAGAAAGGAAACUACGACGAUUCCUUCGAAGCUGAGCUGGAUACGUACAUGCCUGAGGUGCGAGGCCCGCUGUACGAUGCAAGGGGAAUGGUUGAUCAGCAAAUGAGGUAUGACGUGGAAGCAGAGCUCAAGAAGGUGCUUGAACAUCCAACCGUCGAAGGGUUAUUACCAGAGAGUGAACCAACUGAUGAGCCCGAAGAAGGGGAGGAGGGUCCGCGCUUGCGGUGGGAGACCAGGCUGAUUCUUGGGCCCGGAGGGAAGGCUUGGCACCCUGCCAAUCGCAAAGUCAAGGUCCGCGUUUACGUCAGAGAGCUGGGGCUGUCAGCAGCCGCUAGGGAACGUCUGCUUGCACUGGCGGGACCUCGGUACAAUACCAACAAAGACGAGCUGACGAUCGUGAGCGAGAGGUAUGCGCUGCGUGAGGAGAACAGGAAGGACGUUUUACAGAUCUUGUACGCGUUGCUGGAGGAGGCGAAGAACGCCGAUCAGCUAGCUCUAGAUGAAUUUGUGGAGGCUGCGCAGACGGCGGAUCUCCCCACGCCGGAUGUCAAGUUGAUGUCAACGCCUCUCUGAGUCUUCUUCCCAAAUGAGUGCGCAGCUUCGACCAGCGGAAGCGUUUCGUUUUGCUGCUUUUCCAUUUUUUUUUUUUUUUUUUUCCAUUGUUUUUUUUUCCCGUUUUUUCUUUUUUUUUCAGAAGUUGUUGCUGUGUUUACUCCUUCAGCGUUCAAAGGCUUUUUUGAAUUGUUUUUUUUUUCUUCUAUAUUCACGCACAAGUCGUGCUGCUUUGCUGAUGAUGCAUUCUUUGGGGCUGUCGUGAUGUGAUGCCGCGCGUGUGCGCAAAAGGUAGGUUAGCCCCAAAGUGGAAGGUUACCGAUGCUUCUUUGUGCAUCCGCCAUCAACAGGGUCAUCCUACAAAAUGCCGCACUUUGGGGCUAACCUACAUUUGAUGCACAAGAAUUGGCUUCUUUGUGCAUCCGCCAGAUCAUCACCAGGGUCUUGUGCUGCCUGUCGAUGGCGGUGGUGCCUUGUUUUGACUCCUCGUUGCAAUUAAACAGUUUUUUUUUUUUUGUUUUUUUUUUUUUUUUUUUUUGUGUCCAUGCUGUUGCAUUUCAGUCGUUUUAUGUUGAUGUCAUAAUCAAAUCAGGGUUGCGCA